GAGACAUGGAUGACGGCAGCAGCCUCAUCGAGUUUGAUGUGCCAGAGUUCAGCAAUACAGUGCUGAGCCAGCUGAAUGAACUGCGUUUGCAGGGCAAGCUGUGCGACAUCGUGGUGCACAUCCAGGGUCAGCCAUUCCGUGCCCACAAGGCUGUGCUGGCUGCCAGCUCACCUUACUUCCGCGAUCACUCUGCACUCAGCACCAUGAGUGGCCUCUCGCUCUCCGUCAUCAAAAGUCCUGAGGUGUUUGAGCGCCUUCUGGCCUUCUGCUAUACGGGCCGCAUGGCGCUUCCGCUCAAAGACGUGGUCAGCUUCCUCACUGCCGCCAGCUUCCUCCAGAUGCAGGCCAUCAUCGACAAGUGCACCCAGAUCCUUGAGGGUAUCCACUCCAAGAUCAGUCUGCCCCCCGGUGGCAGCCCGGAGAAGGGCAGCCCUCAAGCCAGCCGCAAUGGUGUGAAGGAAGGAGAUGUGUUCAUCAACCCCAUGCAGAUCUCACCCCCCUACUACUCACGGCAGGUGCUGAUUCCUCCGGGCAGCUCUGAGGCCAAACCAGACCAGGGCUGUCGAGGUCCACCGCGGCUGCGAGUACACGAGGAGGGUCAGUCAGACCGUGGCAGCAGCAGCGAUGGUGCUCCGGAGCAGGAGGCGGCAGCCGAUGCGGAGUUGGAGCAGGUGGAGCUCAUUGGCCGGGACGGACAGGUGACUGAUGUACACGUGAAACUGGAGAAGGCAGAGAGGCCCAGUUGCUCAGACAGCUCCUCAGCGGGGGACGACGGCUACCAUACAGAGCUGGUGGAUGGGGAGCAGGUGCUGGCAGUCAGUGUGGGCUCCUUCGGACCCGUGCUGCAGCCAGCAGGCUACGCCUACCCCCCGCUCUCUAACACGGCUUUUGUCAGUUUAAGCAGCUCCAGCCCAUCGCGCUCAAUCCUCAGCUCCUUUCGCGGAGGCCGGGCUCGGUCCAAGCGGCCCGCAGCAGUGACGCCAGAGGUUUUGAGCCGCCUGAAACCCAGCAAGGAAGACGGCGAAGCGUCGCCAGGUACCGGAAGCUUUGAGAACGACGUUCGGGAACGCAGUCUACGUGGCCAAUGGUACCCGUACAGCGAGAGGCUCAUCUGCAUCUACUGCGGCAAGUCCUUCAAUCAGAAGGGCAGCCUGGACCGUCACAUGCGGCUGCACAUGGGCAUCACACCUUUCGUGUGCAAGUUUUGUGGCAAGAAGUACACGCGCAAGGACCAGCUGGAGUACCACAUCCGCGGACACACAGACAACAAGCCCUUCCACUGCCAGAUCUGCGGCAAGUGCUUCCCCUUCCAGGGCACCCUCAACCAGCAUCUGCGCAAGAAGCAUGUGGGUGUUGCAGAUGGCAGCAACCAUGCGGACUCCCCUGACCGGGCAGAGCACACCGCAGGGCAGAGGGACCCAGAGGAUACCCCAGUUUCUGACGGCAGGGGAGCCUUUGGCGCACAGUACAGUGCAGAGACAUCCGGCCACGAUGAUGGUGAGGAGAGUGCCCGCGGCAGCCCAGAAGAGCCUCGGGCAUCUCGCGGCGAUUUUUAGGUCUUGGCUCCAUUUCCUUCUUUUUUUUUUUUUUCGUCACCAUUGCUUUUGGAGAAAAUCCUUGGAAUUCAGUUGGAAUCUGUCU